AUGGAUGAAGUGAUUGGUACAACAAAAUCUUCAGUACUUUCAAAUGCAACAAAUACCACUGAAGCAUCGAAUGGUUUGACUCCUGGCGGUGUAGCUGCGAUUGUGAUCAGUGUUUUGGUCCUAAUCAUUGCAAUUGUAAUCGGCGGCUAUUUUGGAUAUCUCAGAUUAAAAGAACAACGUCGGAAUCAUGGCGAAUAUCGUCCGCAAUUUGAAGAAUAUCAGCAUGCUAAAAACUUGCCUUACAUCCAGCCUCCUGCAAUCGAAGGACUUAUCUAA